UGGUUGAACCGAGUUUGGAGCUGCCGCUCUGGCUUGGCUCGUGCUUUUCUUCCUCUCCUCCUUCGACGGUAAGCAAGACCUGAGGCGGAGGUAGAGCUGCCAUGCCCCGCUAGCCCGUCGGGAACACACGACCCCCCCCCCCCCCACACACACACCCCUUGCUGCAAGAAACUUGCGAGCAGCGAGAAGACGAGAGCUCGGCGCCGGGGCUGGCCACGGAGCUCCUCCGAGGAUGGAAGCCGGCGCCGCGUACGGAGCCGGCAAAGCCGGGGGCGCCUUCGACCCGCAGACCUUCAUCCGGCAACCUCACACCAUUCUCCGGAUGGUUUCUUGGCUUUUCUCCAUUGUCGUGUUUGGCUCCAUUGUGAAUGAAGGCUACCUCAACCAUCAAGAUGAAUCAGAGGAGUAUUGCAUCUUCAAUCGCAACCAGAAUGCCUGUGGUUACGGCAUCACCGUGGGAGUCCUUGCCUUCCUCAGCUGCCUUCUUUACUUGGCACUAGAUGUCUACUUUCCACAGAUCAGCAGCGUCAAGGAUCGUAAGAAAGUUGUACUCUCUGAUGUCGGUGUGUCCGGCUUGUGGGCAUUCCUCUGGUUUGUCAGUUUUUGUUUCUUGGCUGACCAAUGGCGAGUUUCGAAAUCCGAAGAUAAUCCAUUAAAUGAAGGAACAGAUGCAGCCCGGGCAGCCAUUGCAUUCUCUUUUUUCUCCAUUUUCACCUGGAGCAUGCUGACGUUUCUGGCUUUUCGGAGGCUUGAAGACAUUACCUUUCAGGAAGAAUACAACACACUGUUCCCUAACUCUCCACCACUGCUGCCAUAAUGCCUAGUGUCCAGAAAGUUUGGGCAUAUCAGGGCGGAAAUUGUUGGAGUGGAAAUGUUUCCAUGCUGAGUGGCAGGAAGGACGAUGAGAAACAGAAAAUUGAUUUAGAGUGUGCUUGUGCAGCUGAUGUGAGGAGAAUGAGAACACCAAGAUGCCUUGGAGUUUGGGAGAGCCUCUACCUGCCCUUUAGCGCUUAGCAGCUGACAGCAGAAUGUGGCCUGUUCGUCUUCUCUGCUUCCUGCCUCUGAGCCCCACUCCCCAAUUAAUUCCAAAUAACACCAAUGUACCUUUCUCUAGCAGCCUCAAUAUUAUUUAACCACCGCAAGCCAUUGCCAAAAUACAUUUUCUACUUCUAAUCAUUCUUGUGUCUUUCUGGUUUGCUCUUCCUCCAGUACCAGUUGAUUGUGUGGGAAGGCAGGCGGUUAUCUCUGAGCCUUUCUCCAUCCUAGUUUUGCCAAAGACCAUAGGAAAGAACUUUUUGUAAUGAGGCUGGGCCUCUUGGCAACUGCUUUGGCCAUUCUUGUAUGUUGAAAAUGACUACCUGCCUUGGCUCCCGGUCUGCCAGCAUACUUAGCCUCCCCAGAGCUGCUGAAGAUGUGUCUGCAUGUGUAAGAUGGGGACCCCCCCCCCCCCAGAUAAAGAAAUGAAACCUUUUCUCCCAGGCCAUUCUAACGCUAGCACAACAAAGCAUAUUCUGUGCUUAGUCCUCCUUAGUCACUGGAAUGAGCAGGAGAUUGAGCAAGGCUGAAGCCUGCAAUAAAUGUAGGCUAGCCCUGAAAAUAAGCACUGUGGUCUGUAUGGUGAAUUGGAAUAUGCACAUAAUCUUUCUUCUGCCGUCCUUUGCUUAAGACAGUGAGAUACAAGGUGGUAAGGAGACUAGUUGCCUGGGCUCGCUCUAUGGUUUCUUUCCCGAACUUGUACUCUCAGUGGGGUGUGUCAGAAUCUUCUUACCGUUUUGGAAUGCAUUUGUGUUUGACUUGUUAACACUCCCAAUGUCUUAUGCACUAAUGAUGUCUUGUGCACUAACAUCUACUAAUUCAGCUUUUGUUUGUUUCUCCUUGAUGUGUUUCCCCUUUCUUUUCCCCAUUCUGUAUCUUCUUCCUUCUCAUUUUUUUUUUAUCUUGUGCUGCCACGCACCCCUUUAAAGGUGGGCCAGUCAUUUCUGGCAUUCCAGCGAUACCUGCUUGGCGCCGAUUCAGCCCUCUUCUCCCAGGACUACACAGACCCGAGCCAGGAGGCUGGCAUGCCUUAUGCGCCCUACACAAAUGAAGAUGACACUACAGAUAGCAUGGGGACGUACCAGCAGCCCCCUUCGGCAGAUGCUUUUGAUGCUGACACCCAGGGGUACCAAGCACAGAACUACUGAGAGCUGUUGUGGAGCCCUCUCCCUUUCCCUUCCUUCUGCCCACUCUCCUCUGCUACCAACAAGCCAAGUGCAAAACAGACACGUGUAUUUCGGAGCAACAGGUGGCUCUCUGGGCCACCCUCCAGCCUUCUAGGGUCUCUAUUUUUAUUUUGUAAUUUUUUUAAUUGAAAAACCUAAUGCCUCAUUGCUCCUCUGAAUUCUCUACCAAGAUUGAAAUGUUGAAUCCAAAGGGUUUCACUGUCUAUAUUCUAAGAGAUCAUUCUUCUCUCCCUUUUAUAGAAAGCUGAUGUAGGAAGAGAUCUGGCUGUUAUCUUCUGUAAGGGGAAAAGAAGGGAAGGACCUAAAGGGGGGCAGUGUGAUGGAAAUCACAACCACUGAGGAUGACAGGCAGAGGUGGAUCCAGAGGUGGAUCUGUGCAUAAAUGCAAAUAGCAUAGAGAGAACACGUCUUGGAUGGAUAGACAAAACUGUAUGUGAGGGGUGGCGAUGAGCUUGCAGUCAGGCAAAGGUGAGUGAGGCAGAAGGCAGUAAAGAGUGAACAUGGCAUGCAUGUAGGAAGGGGUGUUGAGUAGGCCUGAAAUUACCCUUUCACCAAGUUUGGCAUCAGGGCCUGCACCGACUUGAUAGUUCCAGACUAAAACGGACAUUGGCCCCUUUCAAAUCUGGUUCAUUCUUGUGGAUGGAUAUUUUUAUAAUGCUAGGAUGCCUUUUUUAUCCAGGUUCUUUAUCUGCAUUUUCCCAUGGGAAAUCGGCUAUGUAUGGUUUCUGUCUUAAGUGUGGACUGCAGGGGGCCACUCUGGGUCUCAGCUCGUUCUUGGGGAGUGCCUGACAGCACUCUGAACAUGUGGCAGAAAUAUUACGUGACCAUCUUGCUAUGAACAAAGUGCAGGCAAGAGGUAAACCAGGCUGAAAAAGAACAGGCAGAAGAGCUGUGAGAAGUUGCUCUAGUCAUGAGGUACUGGUUUAUACUUGUGGGGUGAGGUGGGGGACUCCUAUUUUACAGUCAGCUAACACACAGUCCAAUGUGUUGACUGUUUUUAUUUGUCAAUGUCCUGAGAAAAGGUGUUGAGAGUAUAUGUGUGCUUAGGGGUAUAUGAGAGAACUUGCUGCCACUAUUAACAUGGGCAGGAACAUGUCAGUUCAACUAACCAAGCUGAUUAUUUUCAUAUGCUGAAAUCAUGUGACAUUUUUCCUAUUGUGUUUUGGCAUGUGGAACUAUGGCUUAUAAAUGCUCCAACACGUAUGUUACUUGGUCAUUACUAAAUACAGUGUUGAACUGAAAUUACAUGGAAUCCCAGAUCCGAGAGAGGGUCGCUUCAGAUUUGGAUGCCCAGUUAAUAAGGCUUCCACCAGGAUUACAUGGUACAAAGUAAGCUUCAAAUGGAAAAGGAGCCACCUACGGGCAACUGUGGUCUGGAGAACCUCUGUUCAGCAGUCAGAUGGGAUGAUAAGUGCCUUUGCAAGGAUAGUUCAACAUGCCAAAAUCCCCUGAAAAUACUAAGCUGUCUUGGCUAGCAAGUCAAGGCUCCAUGGAACAAAAGUAUUUUGGCUUUGCUAUGGCACACUGAAGUAAUUCCUCUUUUUCAAAACUUUUUCUGUGCACUUAGUUUAUAUGAAGCUUGUCCUCCCUAGUCAAGAAAAUUACAUAUUGGAAGAGAAAGAAUAAUCAGAAUUAUUCCUCUAGUAACAAGCAAUACCUCACAGGUCAGCGAGCAAUACUAUACCGUCCUAUCCUUUGCAAGAUUUCUCAGAGGUAAGCCACAUUCAGUUCAAUUGGGUUUCCUUCUGAGAGUGUGUGUGUAUACGAUUGCAGCUGGGGGAUGCACUCACACCCUGAGACUUCUUAAGAGAGAUGGCCAGAAUGGAAAAACUGCCUGGAAAAUAGCAUUCACAGCAUUACCCUUUUAAUAUGACAGUGAAUUCUCUUCGUGUACCAAGUAGUGAAACAAAACUCUUUACCGCUUGCAACCUUGCCAUGUAGAGUCAGCCUCAGUGAUCACAAUCCAUAGUGUUGUUCCUGAGGAGAAACAACUAACUAGGCUGACUUGUAGGAAAAACUAGCUUUAAAGGUGGUUAAAUCUUGCUAUUCAACUAUGAGCCCUGUGGCCUUCACCCAGUGGGACAAAGAACUGUCCCACUGGGCAAAUUCUCUCACUUUCCUGGAAUUAAGGGGGAAGACCAUUUUAGUUCUAGUGCACAAGAAGCCACAUCAUACACCGUUGUGGUCAAGGACUAGCAAAAUUCCCACCAUAACAUUUUGCCCAGUUGAGAGGGAAGAUAGUUUGUUGUGUUGGCCAUCAGUGACCAAGCUUAAUAUCCCUCUUAUGUGUGUUACUGAGCCUAAUACUUCAAAAGGAUCUUUAGAUGGUCAGGAGAACCACAGAGAAAGCACAUCCCUUAUUCCUUAAAAAAAAAGCCCCACAAAAACCUGCUGGAGCACAUUACAAAAUCUCAUGCUUUGGGGUUAAUCAGUUUGGAAUAUCUAGCACCUAUUCAUAUUUGCUAUUCCAACAGUGAAGUCAAUGGACGUAGAAGGCUUUAACGUCCUAGAAUGGCACUCUAAAUAAUAGUGAUUACUCAAUCCAUAGAUGUGCACUGAAAGGUCAGGAGGAAAAACUGUUCACGGCUGCUCAGCUUCAUAUCUGCUUCCACCUGACACCACUUGAGCCAUUUUCUGGUCCCCUCUUUACCCAUGAGAAGGGAAUCUUGGAAGUGAUCCCAAACAAUAACAUGGUGCACUGCUGCAUUACCCAGGGCUUAGUGCCAGAUCCUGUGUUCCAGUUCCUAAUCUGUUAACACGUAUAGGUUAGUGGUCUGGCUCUCUUUCUCUCUGGCUCUAUGUGCUUCGGGGUCAAUAGCUCAGGCUUUAAGAGUUCCAUGCAUUCUAUAUCUCUGAGAAAUAAAACAGUUAUGGUUGGAUGUAUUAAUGGUGUGCCAGUGCAUCACGAAACAAGGGCAGAGUUUGUAGUGUAACCGUAGACAAAUUCUUACCAUGUGGCUAUGAUGAUGUAACUAAGAGCAGACAAAUAUGACUACAAAGAGAUCAGCCUAUCAGUGUUUGUCACACUCUGUUCCGCUGACAUCUCUGUGCAGCCUUUGCUACUUUGAGCAGAUACUGUGAUCUUUUUAACAGCAAUGCCUGCUCUAACUUGCCCUAUCCCAGACUGAGAAAUCUUCAGUACUCUUUCAGUGCCUUGGCUUGUGAUGUGUCAAUGCAGCAGUCAGCCUACAGUGCAACAGCCAGUACAUUCUUAAGCAUUUAAUUCCUUAUCUCAAAGGCAAAUUUUAAGGUUGGAGGACUAAAAAGAAAUACAUCUUAUACAGGUCUAGGCUAGCCCAAUGUCAUCAGAUCUUGGAAGCUAAGUAGGGUUGGCUCUGGUUUGUACUUGGAUGGGAGACCACAAAGGAAGUCUAGGAUUGCUAUAUAGAAGCAGACAAUGGCAAACCACCUCUGUUUGUCUCUUGCCUUGAAAACCAUAUGGGGUCACCAUAGAUAGGCUGCAAUUUAAUAGCACUUUAUACACAUGCACACACAGAUAAAUACAGAAAUUAUGAUAAGAGAGCAGACAUGAAAUAAAUUUAGUUUAGAACCCCCAAAGCAUGUAUUUCUGAAGAAAUGCAGGUGUAUAGUGCUAACCAUUCAUAAGCAAGAGAUUAGAAACAAGGAUCCUACAUGAAGUCCAGAGUAAAGAAGCAGAACACCACCUUAAGACUUUGGGCCAUUGACAACAUGACAUUUCACAAAACAAAAUGGCCAGCAGAGCAUCUUUAUAAAAGUGCAUCUAACCAAGGACUUCAGUCUCACAAAGCUACUACAAUCUUCUUUAGUUCACCAGUUGUGGCUGGGGUCGCCACGUGGCUUGGGAGAAAAGAGUCCUGUCUCUUUAGCAGAAGCUUAAAGGGGUGUUAUUUACCUCUGUGCCAUGGAAAGCUUCAGCCUUCCAUUUCCACAUUUUAAGCUUAUAUUAAAGGGACAAGAAUCCGCCCCCCACACACUCCUUUUGAGAACACUGCUUGGGCCUGACCUUCCAGUGUUAUAAAUCAGGUUACAUUGACCAGUUUGAAGCUGUUUCCCUUUUUAAAAACGUAGGUAUUGUUUGAAGCAUUAGAUCGUUUGAUCAGUACCUUUCAUUUUUGGUGAUUUUCCUACUGCUGGUGUGGAUGCUGAUAGAGCACAGAAGCAUCAGGGCUUCCACAUGGCAGGUAUCCCAGCAGUUUCUCUGCCCCAGUCUCCCAGCAGCAGCCAUCGCCCAUCCCCAGGCCACUAGAGAUGUUUCCUUUUUUUGAAUAGGCAAUUGAAUAUUCAUGGAGGGAAAAUGCUGACAUGGCAGGAAGCUCUAAACUCCCCCACCCCCACAUCCAUCCACAAUUUUCUGCAAUCUUUCCCAAACUUUUGCAGCAAAGCAAGUUUGAGAAAGAUUGGAGAAAAGCUGGAGAAAUCCUGGGAAGUGCACGAAAGCACUACAAUGCUCUGGAGGAGCAGGAAAAAAUCCUGCUUCACAACAGCAUUGAACCCGAGGAGAUAACCUAUGUGGAAAUGGCCUUUCUUGACCUAGGAAAAGGAGGGUAUACAAAGACACAGCUGCACCAAAAUAAUAAUAAUAACUGUGUGAUUAUAGACUGCCCUUCUGGACAGAUCAGUGUCCACUCAGAGUGGUGAACAAAGUGUUACUGUUGUCCCCACAAUACAGCUGGGGCUGAGAGAAGUUGCUUGCCCAAGGCCACCUGCUGAGCUUGUGGCACUUGAGGGACUCAAACCAGCAGAGUGCUUGUUCAUAACUCAACCACAUAACAAAUACACUAUAGCAAAGAGGAGGAUGCUUGGAAAGAUUAGAAAUUCUGUAAUGAUUUUUGUUAAUUUAUUUUACCCACAGCCUUUUAAGCUUAAAGGAGAGUUUAUAGAAUUUCAAUUAACAGGUGAAAAGGGGAAGAGCCAUUACAGUGGCUGUUGGGAUUCCCUCAGUGGUGUGGUUUGCAUGGUGGUGUAUGUGAGUUGCCUCUCGACCCUAUUGACAUCUCCUUGCUAGAGACUCACUUUAUAUGGUGCCUGGCUAGAUGUUAGUAGGAAGUGAGAGUAGGGCUGGCAUACUCUGUUGCACAUAAAAAGAAGCUAAGCCCUUCUCUGCAUGGCCCUAAUUGAAAGCAAUACUCUGUAGAGCUUGAAGGAGGGGGAAAGAAAAACUGAGCAGGUUUCUUUAUAACAGGUCAGGGAAUGGUCCUUCAUACUAAUCUCUCCCCCUGGAUGGAAAGAGAGUCAUGGGACAUAAGGAUUGAGAGGGUGGAAAAUCCAGUGUCGUUGCAAACUUUCAUUGAUGUUGAUUGCAUGCUUUCAUGUGUUGAUGUGGAACGAAAAAAUUUUCCACGCUUCAACGUUUGUUCUCUUAGCAGAAAUUUUACCAGGCUUGGCCUGGGGGUGGGAGGUAGGUCGAGACUUUUAAACUGAAUGAAUGCAAACUGAUUGUCCUCCUCCUCUCCAGCCCCCCAUUUACUGACAACUAGGGAUCCCUAAAUCCAAACAGAAAUAUUUUUCCUAGUGCCCUCACAAAACCCAAGAUAAUCCUCAGCCUUUUGCUUGUCCACAGUUGAAUGUGGAAAAGUUCAUUGGCCACAAUCCAACAGCUUAGGUGCACUUAAAAUCACUGAUUACAAUUUAGGUAAAUAUGCCUAACUUUGUUAGAUUAUUGCCAUUACCUCCAUUGGGUGGGAAAAUUGUUUCACAUAGAAAUAAACAUCCUGCUCAUGUCCUAGUUGAUGGCCGAUCUUUACCUUUCUUCUUGCUCUGCAGCAAGUCUUCUGUAAUGAUUCCUUGCUCAUUUUUUUGGUAUAUUAUUUGCAGUGGAAAGAACUGUUUGGGUGCAGUUGUGCUAGUUUUUUUUUAAAAAUCACACAACAUGAGGUGCCAUUCAGCUUGGUGAAAUGGCACCCUUUAGAGAGCCCAUCAUUAAACGGGGGGCAAAGGAGAUGCCUUGGCCUCCCAAAAGCUGCAAUCAUGUGGUUGCUCUUUAAUAAUUUUGCUGGGAACAGCUUUGCAACUCUGAAGCACAGUGAUAUAGCAUCAAACAAGCGUGGUGUAGUGGUUAAAGUGGUGGAGUCAGAUCUAGGAGACCCAGGUUUAAAUCCCCGACUCUGCCAUGGAAGCGUGCUGGGUGACCUUUGGCCAGUCACACACUUUCAGCCUAACCUACCUCACAGGGUUGUUGUGAGGAUAAAAUGGAGAAGGGGAAAUGGCGUAAACCACUUUGGGUCCCCCAUUGAGGAGAAAAGUGGGGUAUAAAUGAAGUAAGUAAAUAAGAUGACCAAAACACUUCCAACAUCUCCCUUAGAAAAUAGUGUGCCGAGAAAAUAAAGUGUCAAGGACAAAAAUGUGGUGGCCCACACAACUUGUGAGCCCUUACAAUGUGGUGGAGCAUGCACUAAAUAGUUUUAGCUAAGUACAGCUCCCAGGUGCAUGUCCUUGAGUUUUAUAUGCUUUCUAUCACACUUUGUGCGUCCACUGUGGGAAUUUUUUUUUUUGUUUCCUGGCUGCUACUAAAAAAAAAAAGAUGAAGCAACUUUCAAGUGAGAUUAAAAGCACUUAACCAUGCUGUAAAAGAUUGCUUUCUCUAGUGUGAAUGCAACCUCCAGUUGUGGUAUAUUCAGACUGAGAAAACAAAGUGCACGCACAAGCAGAAACAUUGUUAAAUACCUAUUACCAGCACUGGGGCUAGAUCUCUGCCAAACAGUAUAACAGACCAGGGCCUGCACAACUUGUGAGCCACUGAGCCAAAUACAGCCACUAGUCAGGUACUGAGCAAGGCCAGAGCAGCAAAGACCAGAAAUGUAGAUGGCCAAGCAUGGCCCACAUUUGAAUUUGUGGUCACAACUUUGGCAGGCCUCCUGUAGGCUCCUAAGUGCCCUACUAGGAAGAAGGGAAGGUACUGAUAAAAACAAAUGCGUGUAUUUAGUCACAUAUUUUGAAGUAGAUGCCAUUUUGAUGUACAAGCCAAUAGGCAGGAACACAGAGACCAUCAUCUCCAGUUUGUCAUUCAAAUUCCUUAGCUGUUGCAGGCACAUUAAGGUCUCCCCUUGUCUCUGAGACAUGAACUUAUGCUUACCUCAUUCAUGUUGCCUCACUUGUUUUGUGAAUAAAUGGGGAAGCCUCAGUGCUUGAUCCUGCCAGUCCCCCUGAGCCUUCCAAAUGUACAAGGAAAAUUUUCUGAUACCAGAACAGACAAGUCAAAUCUCCUUAAGACUCUGAAUUGAAACACAAGUAAGAAGCUGAAUCAAAGUUUGUUUUGCCUCAUGCACCGCACAGGCCAUUUCUUCUGACAAUCUUACUCCUCCUGUGGCAACUUCAUUGGGGAUCUCUGCCGCCCCCCGCCGCCCCCCCCCCCGUGUGCAGCAUUACUGCCUGUGUAUAGUAUAUAUAAUAUAUAAAGAUGUAUAAUAUAAAACUAUUCAUAUAUAUUUAUACAUAUGUGACAAUGAAAGGGUGCCCUGCUCUAGACAGGAUCCCCAAAUGUCCAGUUCCGAACUGACACUCUCUUCUCUCUAGUCUGUUUCCCCCCAAGUCAACUAACAUAAAUACUGCCAUCUCGGCACCUGUGUUUAUGAAGUCCUGUAUAUUUGUGGUUUAAAAAAGUGAAGGUGGUAACUACUGGUGUGUGUUAUCAAUAAAGUUAUUCUAUUCAAAA